AAGGAGCUCGUAUAAGCUGCUGCACCAAAGAGCCCAUUAUGUGGUGGGCAGAUAAAAACAUAGCUUGCACAGAAUGACACAUAUGUUCAUUGUGCUCUCUAGAUGUGGAAGUCUGGAAAUUGCCUUGUUUCGAUGUUGAAAUCCCCACACCCUACAUGAAGUUGUGGCAUGAGAGGUAUUGUGAGUACAGACGUGAGAUGAGUGAGGCUAUGAACUUAGACGACGAAUUAAAGAACGAUGCCGCAAAUGCAGUGUCCAAGAGAUAUAAACAGUUGUUAUAUGGAGCUGCGGCGGUUGAAGAAAGUCCAAGGAACAGUGAGGAUAUAUACAAUGAGGCCCUCACGAUUUAUAACAUAACUUAUGAUUAUGCAAAGAGGAAUCGAGAUGUCAAGAAAUGCGGCUUUGCUUGGAAAGUUGCAGGUUCGGCGCUCUUUAAGCUUCAUGUCAUCAAGCAGAGUGAAAAAACAGAAAAUCCCAUAGUUUGUUAGCCAUCAAUUUUACGUGAGGUGUUGAAUUAGAAGACUAUAC